UGGCAUUGUAUGGAAAGCAGUUGAUCGCAGGACAGGAGAAAUAGUUGCUGUUAAAAAGAUUUUUGAUGCUUUCAGGAACAGAACAGAUGCUCAGAGAACAUUUCGAGAGAUUAUGUUCCUGCAGGAAUUUGGAGAACAUCCAAAUAUCAUCAAGUUGCUUGAUGUUAUCCGAGCUCAGAAUGACAAGGACAUCUACCUCAUCUUUGAGUCCAUGGAGACAGAUUUACAUGCUGUGAUUAAGAAGGGGAAUUUACUGAAAGAUAUCCACAAGUGUUACAUUCUCUACCAACUCCUGAAGGCAACUAAAUUCAUCCACUCAGGAAAUGUUAUUCACAGAGACCAGAAGCCUUCAAAUAUCUUGCUGGAUGCAGACUGCUUUGUAAAACUUUGUGAUUUUGGGCUGGCCCGUUCUUUGUGUCAGGUGAAUGAGGAUCAAGGCAACCCUGCUCUAACAGAGUAUGUGGCAACACGCUGGUACCGAGCCCCUGAGAUCUUACUUUCCUCUCAGAGUUACACUAAAGGUGUAGAUAUGUGGAGCAUUGGCUGUAUUCUGGGAGAGCUGCUACUUGGGAAACCUCUUUUUCCUGGAACAUCAACAGUGAAUCAAAUGGAGCAGAUCUUGAGGGUCAUUCCUGCCCCAUCCCCAGAAGAUAUUUUGGCUGUGCAGUCAGAUUACAGGGCCUCAGUUAUUCACCGCAUGAGUUCCCGGCAGCGAGUAACAUUUGAGGAGAUACUGCCAUCCUCUACUCCAUUGCCUGCCUUGGAUCUUCUGAAGAAACUUUUAGUAUUUAACCCUAAUAAACGACUCACAGCAGAGGAGGCUCUGCAGCAUCCUUAUGUGAAAAGGUUUCACUGUCCUGCCAGGGAGCCCUCUCUGGAUUAUGAUGUGAUUCUUCCUUUAGGUGAUGAUAUCCAGCUGUCUGUGGCGGAAUAUCGAAAUAAAUUAUAUGAGAUGAUCCUGGAAAAGAAAUUAAAUAGUCACCCAAAGGAGCAAGUGCGGAGAGAAAACAUUCCACUAAGUCAGUCUGAAUCCAGGCCGCUUCUUCCAAAUUCCAGUUCUGUGACUUUACCUACCAGGAAAGGCCAGAGGGAACCAGCACCACCUCUUCUAAAAACUUCACAUGUGCAUGCUGGAAGCACAACGAGUGUCCUGCCAGAAGCAUCCAGCCAGGAAGGUUUUGCAAGAACUUUAUGGCCGAGAUCGAAGAUCAGUGUGAUAUACAACCCUAUAACACACACUGCUGUUCAAAGUAAUGCAAACUGUGGUGCUGUGAUCAGGAACUGUUCUGCACCACCUUCUCAACAGGCCAGAAUCUCCAACAAUAGGAAUCUGGGGAGACAGUUCACAUGGGCAAGUGCAAAUGCUCAGCUACCUCCUACAAGUGUACAGAACCUUUAUAAUAAUCCAAGGAAUACUCAGUUUCACAGCAAAGAUGUACGUCCCCUUCUGAAGUCCAGCAAAAAGAUGUUCCAGAUUACUGCAAACAUGGGAGCUGCUGGGGAUCCGAAAGCAUGGAUGGGCAGUUACUCCCAGGCCUAUGGAACCAUAUGUAAAUCUGCACUGCAGAGUCUUCCAAUAUCCAAGUCCUCCCAGCAACACGAGCAGUGAAUAUGGGGGUGUCCUAACCAGGUGACAUACAGCUCAUCUCACCAGUGCCCUACCUGAGCAGUAACAGCAACUGAGAGCAAAAUGCAACGGGCAUUUGAUGGUUACUCCAGCUGAAGUGAAAUGUUUUAUUCAUUGCACAAAACAAUGUGCUGCUUUCUUCUGGACAAACCAACAGGAAAGAGAAUCUAAUCCCUUCGCCUUUCAGUCCUACCAGACAGGAAAGCAAUUUUCCAAGAGAUGCUAUUGCUGAAACACCA